UUGCCAGCUCUGCACAAACCCAGCAGAACGCGUCUCGCAGCCAGAGGAAGCGGGUGCUAUCAACAAAAGGCUCUCCAGAAGCUCUAGAUCCUCCGCAGGCCACGUCUAUUCUCGUACAGGCUGCCGCGCAGAAGACCGAUGACCUGUUCUUGAGAGGGCUCCCGGAUCCCAUCUCCCCUGAACUGGACCGACUGGGUAAACACUGAGAGAGUGCUCUGCGCGCGCAAUUCAGCCACUCCACGUGUUCGUGUAGAGUGCAGUGGUGAUCGAGAGGCUUGUGUUUAUACAGCGUGCGACGCCGCCUGGGUUGUGUCAGUCUGCAACUGUUGAACGGCGUGCAGUUAUCACUUAUCGGCUGUAGGACUGGGAGGAUCGGCUUCCGGACAGUUGCGACGCAAGUACGUAUAUCGCUUCCCCUUGACCCCUCAGUCCUGUCUCUCUCAGCUACAAACUACCUGCGUGGAUUGCCUGUGAUUUGUCACCACCUAGUGUGAGACAUAGCCAGCCUUCCCCGACACUUCGCUCAGCUCAGCAUACGGCAGAGCUCAACCGAGUCAGCAACGCGUAGAUGUACGUGCUUGAAUAACAGUGUCGACUGACAGAACAAUCGAGCCAUUACGUCGACCUGCUGUUCGCUCUUAUCAUUAGAACUUUUUUUUCAGAAUCAGUUUCAGGGGUUCUGGUCAAUGAUUCCAACGAACUGAGAUUCCAAGUAUUUUCGUUUCCCUGCGAGAAUUGGCUCAAGUUGGAUCAGACUCUACGUUAGUUGAGAGGAAAUGACUACCACGAUGGCUAAGUCCUACCCUGCCGCGAUGAAUAUUGUGGAGAUGCGCGAGAGUGCCUCGCGCGCCUCGUCAUCGCCUGCCAGUCGCGUCGACGCAGACCGUUCAAGGCAACCGCGGGCCCCGGAGGGCGACUACUGCAAGUUCUUCAGCUUUAUCCGACAGGUGGGUGACGGUACGUAUGGACGAACAUGGCUGGCAGUAGACAAACGAACUAAUCGACGUGUGCUGGCCAAGCUGAUUCGACGUACCGAGAACAACAGGAAAUCGUUCGAAGCAGAGUGGAAACUCUCUCGACUAUUCUCCUGCCAUCCGAGCAUCGUUCAGACCUACGAGGAGGCAUUCGAGAACGACAACCAUCGCAUGCUGAUUCAGGAGUACGCCGAUGGCGGUGAUCUGUGCAGCGCCAUCAAGUCCGGCGUCGGACUGUCGCAGGUCCGCGUGCGCCGCUACCUGGGCCAGAUCGCCUCAGCGCUGCAGCACGUGCACAACUGCGGCUACGUACAUCGCGAUAUCAAACCAGAGAACAUGGUGUUGGUGAAUGUGCCCUGCGAAGAAGACUCCUAUCGCAGGCAGAUGGGACUGACAAUGACCCACGCCAAGCUGAUUGACUUUGGCAUGGCGUGCAAGAUCGGCACGGCUAUAAUGCCGGCCAAGAUCACCAUCCCGUACUUAGCACCGGAGGUGUGCGCCAGCAGCACCCAAGAACCCACGGUCAUGGCAUCGCCGUCAAUGGACGUGUGGGGGCUAGGUGUGACGCUGUUCACCAUGCUAACCGGCAUGUUCCCGUGGAAGAAGGCGUGCAUGACGGACAGCAACUACGCGGCGUUCGUUCACUGGCAAGAGGUGGACGCCGAGUGGGUGCCGCCCAUGUUCGAGCGCUUCUCCUGGCAGCUGCUGGAGCUGUUCCGCAAGAUGCUGGCCGUCAACCCGGAGGAGCGAGUGAGCGCCCAGCACGUGCUCGGCUACCUCGACCUACCCUGGUUCUACUGCGUGGGCGACGAAGGCACGGCCCCGUCAUCGCGUGGCUGCUCCUCCAUGUCGGUCGACAGCGGCAUCUCCAACACCAGCCUUCUGUCCUGCGACUCCGGACUGGUCGGCAGUAGCGAGUGCAUUCUGGAGGACGCGGGCAGCCCGCCUCCGUGCCGGCAAACUGAACUGAAGAACUAGCCUAACAGCUACCGUGUAGAUAUAGAUACAACUGUUGUACACUCUAGAACUACAGUGGAGUCUUAUCGUUGUGAGAAAUGUACACUCUAGAAGAUUGUUUAAAAAAAUAAUUUCAUCUAUAAUUUUUGACAUAAACCAUCUUGGUGCUGGAUUCCUGACAACUGAUCUUGGUGCUGAAUUCCUAUCGUACUCCUCAGUCCUCUUGACAAAUACAAAACUCCAUUCACUUGAUCCUGUGUAGGAAUUUGCUGUUUAUACGCUUCAGUUCUCUCCGUACUAUUUUCCAGUUCACAUAGUGCUUUCGUGUAUUGACGGCAGUAGAUAUGUUGGAUGAAGAUGACGGUGUUGUACCUCUACUACUUCA